AUGGCUGCUGAGAACUCCUCUUCUGUGACAGAGUUUAUCCUCUCAGGCUUAACUGACCAGCUCAAGCUCCAAGUCCCCCUCUUCUUCCUGUUUCUAGGUUUCUACGUGGUCACCGUGGUGGGGAACCUGGGCUUGAUAACCCUGAUUGGGCUGAACUCUCACCUGCAUAUUCCCAUGUACUUCUUCCUCUUCAACUUGUCCUUCAUAGAUUUUAGUUACUCCACUACUCUCACCCCUAAAAUGCUGAUGAGUUUUGUUUUAAAGAAGAACAUCAUCUCCUAUGCAGGGUGUAUGACUCAAUUUUUUUUCUUCUGUUUUUUCUUUUCUGAAUCCUAUAAACUGUCAGCAAUGGCAUAUGACCGCUAUGUCGCCAUCUGUAACCCACUGUUGUACGUGGUCACCAUGUCUCCCCAGGUGUGUUUGCUCCUUUUGUCAGGUGUCUAUGGGAUGGGGGUUUUUGGGGCUGUGGCCCAUAUGGGAAACAUAAUGUUUAUGAGCUUUUGUGCAGACAACCUUGUCAAUCACUAUAUGUGUGACAUCAUUCCCCUCCUUGAGCUCUCCUGCAACAGCUCUUACAUAAAUUUGCUAGUGGUCUUUAUUGUUGUGACCAUUGGCAUUGGAGUGCCCAUUGUUACCAUUUUUAUCUCGUACGGUUUCAUCCUUUCUAGCAUUCUCCACAUUAGCUCCAUAGAGGGCAGAUUCAAAGCCUUCAGUACUUGCAGUUCCCAUAUAACUGUGGUAUCUCUUUUCUUUGGGUCAGGAGCUUUUAUGUACCUCAAACCACCUUCUAUUUUACCCCUUGAUCAGGGGAAAGUGUCCUCAAUUUUCUAUACUGCUGUGGUGCCCAUGUUCAACCCCUUAAUCUAUAGCCUGAGGAAUAAAGAUGUCAAAGUUGCCCUGAAGAAAACUUUGAGCAGGAAAAUCUUAUCUUGA